UGACUGAGGAGAACUACAGCCUGACUGAGUCUGAGCAAAACGACUGAAAUCAAAGCUUCUCCUCGCCGCGAGUGGAAAGAAAGAGAGGAAGAAGAGGAAACCGCUGGAGCCGCUGCUCCUGCCCAGGCUGCUGUCGUGUGGAUGUAAGGUGCUGUUCGGGAAAACUUUCUGGGAAGGAUGUGCAGGAAUUCUGGGUUUGUUUUCUUGUUGCUGCUCCGCGGAGACGCCGCUGUUUAAACACACGCUCGGAAGAAACCUCGCCAGAAAACCUUCCACGCGAGCUCCUCCUGAGUUGCUCUGGACUUUCCCCCCGGGACUGUGCGUGUUUUUUUUUUCUAAAGGGAACUACAUCCACAUUUCUCCUACACGCCGAGCCCCGGUCCUUAUUUCAACUCUGUGGGGUCGCAGAUCCACUUUAAGCGGCGGGGUCCCGCUGAGCUCCCUUACAAGAAGGUGAUGAGGCGUCGCGGCUGAACAUGGAGCUUUUCUGGAUCUUACUGUUCUCCGUCAUCCACCGCUACACGCGAGGACAGGGAGUUUACGCCCCUGCGAAUGCACAGAUCGUGCAUGCUGGACAAGCCUGUGUGGUUAAGGAAGAUAAUAUCAGUGAAAGGAUCUACACAAUCCGUGAGGGAGAUACGCUCGUGCUACAGUGCCUUGUCAAGGGACAUCCACGGCCACAGGUGCGGUGGACUAAGACAGCAGGCAGCGCAUCAGACAAGUUCCAGGACACACCCAUCUUCAAUGAGACACUGCGGAUUGCCAACAUCCAGAGGGUGCAGGGAGGUCGCUACUACUGCAAGGCUGAGAAUGGGGUCGGGGUGGCUGCCAUCAAGUCCAUCCGGGUAGAUGUGCAAUAUUUGGAUAAACCUGUUCUCACAGUACACCAGACCAUCAGUGAUGUGCGGGGUAACUACUACCAGGAGAAGACAGUGUUUCUGCGCUGUACUGUCAACUCCAACCCACCAGCUAGAUUUAUCUGGAAACGUGGCAACACACCUAUUGAGCAGAGUAAAGACAACGGCGUGGACAUCUAUGAGCCUUUAUACACGCAGGGUGAGACUAAGGUGCUAAAGCUGAAGAACCUGCGGCCUCAGGACUUUGCUAACUACACUUGUCAAGUGUCCGUACGCAAUGUGUGCGACAUCCCGGACAGCUCAGUCACCUUCAGUCUAACUAAUGCCACCACUCCUCCAGCCCUGAAGAUAUCCGUGAAUGACACAUACGUGGUGGAUCCUGGGCAGGACGUAACACUGACCUGUGAGGUGACAGCGGGCUUCCCCAUGCCCACAGUGACCUGGUCCCGUUAUCCUGGCCCCCUGCCACGUCGUUCUGUGGUCCGUGGCGGGUCACUCACUCUGCGGUCAGUCACGCCGGCCGAGUCGGGAUUCUACAACUGUACCGCUGUCAACAACGUGGGCAACCCUGCCAGGAGGAACGUCAACCUUGUAGUUAGAACAAUGAAGAACUUGACGUUCCAGAUCACACCAGACUCCAACAAAGACGGCGAGAGCAUCCAGAUGGGUCGCGACCUCAAGCUGUCCUGCCACGUGGACGCGCAGCCACAGGAUAAGGUCAAUUACACCUGGUAUAAGAAUGGCGCACCGGUCUACCCAUCAGACAGCCUGAUAGUGCUGCGCAAUGACCCAGACAUGCCCCCUGGCACCAGCAGCCUGGAGAUUGUGGACAUGAAGUUCCGAGACCAGGCCACCUACAGCUGUGUGGCCAACUUCCCUGCCAGCAGUGUUCCUGAGCUCCGUGUUGACGUCAACAUCACGCAGAGCAGCGUCAUUCCUCCUGUCCUGAGCGUGCCGGUGGGAGGGAGCGUAGUCAACGUGAGCGAGGGCGGGACUGCAGAGCUUGUUUGCAUGGUGGACGGUAAGCCCCGCCCCCCCGUGCUGUGGUCCCGCGCCAACAAGGACCUGCCGAUGCCGUCAGGUGACUGGGUGGUUGAGACGCGGGACGGGCGGCUGAGGCUGACCAACGUGACGCGAGACAUGAUGGGGGCGUACCGCUGCCAGACAGCACCGUACAACGGCCUCAACAUCAAACGCAGGCUUUCGCAGGUGCAGCUUAACGUGGAAUACCCCCCUGUGGUGGACCCUGUCUUUCAGGACGUCCGCUCUCCAAACAAUCAGCCCGUCAUCCUCCGCUGCGUUGUUCUAAAGUCCAAUCCCAACCGCAUAGCAAGCGCCCGCUGGUAUCGGAACACCCUUCCCAUACGCACCCCUCCUGUAGACAGCCAGGACGUGCCCCAGCUCCGCUUCAAACUGGACCUCACCAACAAUGGCACAUAUGAGUGUAAAGUCAGCAAUGGGGUCGGGACCUCUACCUGUACCUUCGUUGUCUCAGCUCGACCCUACAGUGCAGAAUUCUACUUCGACACGCCAAACCCCAUCCGCAUUCUCAAGGGCAAUAACUACUCAUACAACCUGCAGUGGACACAGAAAGAGCCCACCGCUGUGGACAGAAUCAUAGGCUACUGGAUCAAUGUCCAACAGAUGGGUCAAAAGGUGCUUUCCAAACAGAUCAACACCAGAGAGCCUGUGAAAGGUGUGCUGAUGUCCUACACCAUUAUGGACCUGCGGAUCCCUCUGUCCUAUGAGGUGGGGCUCACGCCCAUCACGAGCUUUGCCGCUGGAGACACCGUCACUCGGACUAUUCAAUAUUCUGAACCCUACACCUAUCCAAGACCUUCAGAUCAUGUGUGUGGCUUUGAGGAUGUGCGGAUAUGUGGCUUCUAUCAGGACCGCAGUGAAGUGUUUGACUGGACCAGGCAGAACCAUCUGAGUCAAAACCCAAAACGCUCAGUCAACACAGGCCCUGACACGGAUAGGAGUGGGACGAAAGAAGGUUAUUACAUGUACAUAGAGACUUCACGGCCACGACAGAAAGGAGACAAAGCUCGCCUCUUGUCGCCACUCUAUAACGUCACAGCAGCCAGAGGCCCCUCCGGCUCCAGCAGAGUGCCACACUGCAUCUCCUUCUUCUACCAUAUGAAGGGCAAACACAUCGGCACUCUGAACGUGCUCCUGAGAGUCAAAAGCAUAGCCACUGUGGAUUCUGUAGUGUGGACCCGGUCUGGGCACCAGGGCCCUGACUGGCGGAAGGCCAACAUCAUGGUGUACCCCAGUGGACCCUUCCAGGUGGUGUUUGAGGGUAUCCGUGGAGACGGUUUUGAGGGAGACAUCGCCAUCGAUGAUGUUUCGGUUACCAAAGGGAAGUGUACACAGGAGAAACUGCCUGAAACAGACGUGCUUCCAGGAUCUGCCCAAAGUCUUCGUCCUGUUCUUCUGAGCGUGCCGCUCCUUAGCUCCUUGUGCCUCUGUGUCCUGCUCCUGUCCAGAUGAUGGGCUACACUCUUUUACGCUCCCUCGCGCAGGUCGCCCCCGUGGCAGCAACCAGCACUGCCCAGACACGUUCCUUCCCCUAUCCCUCAUCUUUGCUCCAUCAAAUUUUUAUCUUUUCUGUUUCCUUUUCUCCUACUCACUUUUUACCUCAUUUCCCCUGGUCACCCUGCUUUAUCAUCCUACAUAUAUCUUUUUAAAGUCUUUCUGUUUUCUGUUGCUACUUUCCGUUCAAAUUUAGCAUCUUGGUAUCAAUUGGUAUGGCUUCUCUGACCUGCAUUGUGACACACUAGCUGAAUCCUUUAGUUUUAAAUUCAACCAUGGUUAAUGUUCACAUCAUUCCCGUAUAUUUCUGUAUGUUUGUUUUCCCCCACCAUCCUACCUCUGCGCCCCUUUCUAUGUUGCCGACACACCAAAGUGUCAACUAUGCUACCAAAGAUGAUGGCGGUUCUUCAGACGAAGAGAAGAUUGGGGCGAACAUGGAGCCCUUCAAGCAACUUAUCUCUCCCCUUAAGAUGAAGCUGCAUAGAAAUGCAGAUCCUCAGGAUGGAUUAGCGGAAUGUAAGGUUGAGAGUGCGAUGGAAAGGGAGGACGGCCGGAAUAAAACGAGAGUGAACUUCAUAUUUGACCGAGUUUGAUGACCUGAAUGGACCACAGUCUGUACAUUCACAUGUAUAUGAUAUAUCACGUAAGUAUCAACAACAGAACAUGAACGGACAACGAGUGCAACUUCUCAGACUAUGAUAAAGUUAAAUUAAAGAAGCACAAAUUUAUAUGCUUUUUUGUAAACAUUUUGGUUUCCCUGUGUGGUAUCUUCUUCAUCUACGAAUUUGCUGUAUGCCUUGUCCUUUGGCUUACUUUAUGAGAAACAAGUUUUCCUGUCCUGCUGCUGAUAUAUCGACUUAGCGGAAUGGUGGUCGAACACUGAGGGUUUGACUUCAUCAGACACUUCUGCCCUUCACCCACCAUCUCCCAGGUCUGGGAAGAACCUGUGCAAAUUGGGGGAAUGACAAUCCAUCUUACUCAUAUGUUAAACCACAUGUGGAGCACUGACUGAGUUUCAGAGUGCACUGACCACUAGCUAAUUAAAGAAAGUUGAAAUUUGGUAUCUCUAUUUGAGAUACCAAAGGAAGUACAAGAAAUCUGUUUGGACCUAAAGAUGGACACCUCCAGAGAGAUGGCUUGGAAGUUACAGAAGAGGAUUUGGGGUUUCAGAGUGCAUCCAUGCAUUUCAUGAGGCUAUAAUGAAUGUCAUGUAGGGACUUUUACUCUUCGUCAGCUGUGGUGUGGACACCUUUAAAAAGAAAUGGACAGGACUCAUGAGCAAGGAAAGGUCAUUUUGGCACAUCUUGACAAAACAAGGCACCGUCUUACAAUUAAAUGUCUUCAAUAACUAAUGAACACCAACAUUUCAUAUUAAGCAAUACAAUAUAUUAUAAUAAUGAUUUAAAACAUUCUGCAAACUUCAGCACACAUUUUAGCAAAAUGUUCAGAAUCGAUGCUUUCAGCACAGACAACAGUUUCUGUGGGCCAUUUCUUCUGGUCAUUCUAAAUAAUGGGACCAAGGUCCUGAGGGGGUGCAUCAGGGUUCUAUAUUAGGUCCUCUGUGGAAUCAGUGGUGUUUUAUUCGCAUGUGAUUAAUCGAAAUGACCAUACAAAAAGCAGACUUUGUGGAGUGUAUAGAGCACAAAGCGUAUUAUACGGAUCACACAAGAAAUGGAAGAAACCAUGUGUGCCUCUGGAGUAUCCACAUGAUGGGUUGAAUGGUCAUUUUAAAUUUAGAUAGACGCUAUCAUACAAUCAUAUAUAAAUUUGCUUUGACCCAGUAUUGUUCAUGUUGUCAUCCUCUGUCGUCCUAGUUUAGCGUUUAACGUUUUAUCACCAGGCUUUACCGUGAGACUACUUAGAAUUCUGAAAGUGCGAAAAGUAGUGUGGAUCUUAUAAUUCUUGGCCCCUGCUUGUAAAAUUCGCUCGCACUCAUAUUUAAUCAACUCAUAUUUAUCUUAAGAUGCAAUAUUGCUUGUAUCUGCUGCCAUUUCAUGUAGCGUGAUGGGUGUUGACUUGAUAUCUCAGGUCAUUUUCAAAAGUAGGUAGCAGUAACAGAGCCUUCUGGACUUCUCUUGCCUCUGGUCCAGUGUACUGAACAUCAUUUAGUCUUUAGCCAUGUUAGCCAUACCAGUUACCAUAGAUGCUAACUCUGCACUUGCCUUCACUAUUAGCACAUAUAAUCAGCCAUUUAUCAUAAUCAAAGUUAAGAAGUCCAGAAAUAAUCAGAUUUAAGAGGGCAAAGACGAUGAGCUACAGGGGAAGAUUAAAUUAUUCACUAGCUUUGGGCUUUUUAUUGUAUUCUAUUCAUUUAAUUAAUAUCUUUAAUACUACAAACAUGCCUAUACUGAGCAACACCCAUCCAUUAUUACCAAUUUACAGUACUGUGCAAAAGUCAGAGACCACCAUUAUUAUUAUUUUCAAUUUCCAGUCAAAACGGCCUUUACGUUUUUCUUUUUUUCAUUUAAUAUAUAUUGAAUAGAAAAUUACACAGAAUUACACUAAAUAUAUGCCAUUUUUCAGCAUUUAAUGUGUCCACCUUUACCUUUAUUACAGCUUCCAUUCUUUUUAGAAGACUUGAUUUAAAUUUUUCUAAGAGAUCUGCAGGGAUAUUUUUCCAAACCUCCAAAGUUCAGUUUUCUGCAUGUUGCGAUCAGCAUAAUCCCAAACACAUUCAGUGAUAUUGAUGAUGUCCAUUGGUCUGAGAACACUAGCGACUUGGUUUGUUUGUGUUAUCUUCUCACAAUGGAAGGAUGGACAAAAAAUCCACUCUGGAUUUUUUCAGAUCUGAAGCAAGUGUGCAGCUUGAGUUUCUGCUCUUUCUCUAAGAUGGAAGCUUUAAGCACUGUUUAUCUGAUGCUGAAAGUUGUAGUUGUCCACUAAAUUUAACUUUUCAUUAUUUUUUGAUCUUCAAUUUUGGAAACUCCUGUUUUUUUAUAUAUUUUCCUUUGUUUUUGCUUUCC